AAUUAAAAAUGCAGUAAAGUUCCUGGUUGAAGAAUACGUUAUAUUGUAAACACUGCCCUUCUUUUUUUAUACCCUCGAUUGUUUGUGUUCAUUUGUUCCUAUUUCACUAUCGAGUUGUGCAUUUUGUGCAGGUGGAAAACACAAGGCAGGAUCUUUUCACAACGAGUAUGUUGCCAGCGGGUCAGUUGAGUCUACACGGUUCUCAUCGUGUCGAUAAGUUCCGCGCUCCGCCUUUCUGCUCACAUUCUCCGACACAGAACAAGCAAGUAUCACUGAUAGCUAGAAAAUCUGAAAAUGGCAGAAACUGCUCCAGCACCAGCCGCCCCUGCCCCUGCUCCUGCUAAAGCGCCCAAGAAAAAGACCGCGACAAAGCCCAAGAAAUCGGGACCCAGCGUGUCGGAGCUGAUCGUCAAGGCUGUGUCUGCCUCCAAGGAGCGCAGCGGGCUGUCCGUGGCGGCGCUCAAGAAGAUCCUGCAGGCCGGCGGCUACGAUGUGGAGAAGCACAACUCCCUCGUCAAUAGAGCCCUCAAGAGCCUGGUGACCAAGGAGACCCUGCUGCAGACCAAGGGCACCGGCGCCUCGGGCUCCUUCAAGCUCAACAAAAAGGCGGCUGAAGCCAAGGAGAAGGCGGCCAAGAAGAAGGCAGCUCCCAAGAAACCAGCGGCAAAGAAAGCGGUUGUCAAGAAAACAACGAAAAAGGUUUCGGCAAAGAAAGCAGCGACACCCAAGAAAACUCCUACGAAAGCAAAGAAACCGAAAUCUGUAAAGAAGGCGCCCAAGAGCCCGAAGAAAGCGGCUGCCAAGCCUAAAAAGGUCGUAAAGAAGAGCCCGAAGAAAGCGAAGGCAGCGCCUAAACCUAAAAGGGUGCCCAAGGCAGCCAAACCCGCAGCGAAGAAGGCGGCUCCUAAAAAGAAGUGAACAGUUAAAGCGACUUUGUAAACAAUGAACCCAAAGGCUCUUUUCAGAGCCAACACAUCUUUCUAAAAAGAGCAGAUUGUCAUAGUGUACACAAGGGGAUGUG